AUAGGUGGGGGUCAUUACCUUUCACCAUCAGAAGCAAGCGGACCAGAACAAAGAGACCAGAAGAUUCCAUCUCCAAAAUUCCUUACUCUAAAUCCCAAACUCUUUCCCCCGUCUCUUUCCAUGUAUAAUCUUGCAACCCCCCAACAAAAGAGCUUCCCAUGGAUCAUUUGUUCAUGAGUUUUCUUCCCCUUUCAGAGCCAAACAAUUCUUCAUGAACUUGAUCCUUCACCAUGCAUCACCCUCAACUUCUCCCUCUCCGAGCAACAAAUUGAACCAGUGGAUUCCGUUCAUGGCUUUAUCCUUCCACCACCACCACCACCACCGGCACCACCACUGCCGCCGCCACCACCAUUCUUCUUCCAACUCCAUUGAUCAUGCUUGCAAGCAAGGAAACCUCAAGCAAGCCUUCAGGUCCCUUCCACUCCAUUGGCCUCCUCAUCAGCAUGCCUACUCCUCCAUUCUCGACCUCUGUGCUUCCGAAAAGGCCCCAUUCCAGGGCCAGCAACUGCACUCCCACAUCCUCAAGUCCACCGCCCUCCGCCGCCAUGGAUUCCUCUGCACGAAGCUCGUUUUCAUGUACGGCAAAUGUGGCCGUCUCCUAGACGCUGAGAAGCUGUUCGACGAAAUGCCCCACCGGUCCAUCUUCGCAUGGAACGCUCUCAUCGGGGCGUAUGCAUCCACCAAUCAGCAGUCUUUGGCUAUCGGGAGCUACCGGGAUAUGCGCGCUGAGGGACUGCUGCCUGAUGCUUGCACUCUCGCCUCGGUCCUCAAGGCCUGUGGCGCGCUGGAAGAUGUCUGUGUUGGGACUGAGGUUCAUGGUUUGGCAAUCAAAACUGGGCUUCACUUGACUGGAUUCGUUUCCAAUGCGCUCAUUGCUAUGUAUGCAAAGUGCGGCCGGUUUGGUUCCGCGAGGCUACUGUUCGAUCGAAUGAGUGUGGAAACAGAUGUAGUUUCUUGGAAUUCAAUGAUAUCUGCGUGUUUGAAAGAUCAGCAGUUCUUUGAGGCACUGAAUCUGUUCAGAGAGAUGCAGAAAGUCGGUGUUUCGAUGAACUCAUAUACGGUCGUUGGUGUCCUCCAGGCUUGUGCCGAACUUUCACAAUCUAAAUUGGGCAUGGAGAUACAUGCCUCUCUUUUGAAGAACACAAGGAAACUCGAGAUUUACGAGAGUAAUUCAUUGGUGGUCCUUUAUGCGAGAUGUGGUCGAAUUCACAAUGCUAUCCGGGUGUUUGAGGAAAUGGAUGAGAAAGAUAAUGUUUCAUGGAAUUCAAUCCUCGCUGGUUAUGUUCAAAAUGGUUUGUAUCAGGAAUCGAUCAAGUUUUUCAGUGAUAUUAUUCAGUCGGGAUUUGAGCCAGACCAGGUUUCUAUCAUAACUUGUGCUUCUGCUUCCGGGCGGCUAGGGAACUUCUCGAUCGCCAAGCAAAUUCAUGCAUAUGCAAUAAAACAUGGUUUCAGUGUCGAUUUACAGGUUGGAAACACAUUGAUCGACAUGUACACAAAGUGCCAGUUUGUAAAUUAUGCGGCAAAUGUCUUCCGCGAGUUGCACGGUAAAGAUUGCAUUUCAUGGACGACGAUGAUAGCAUGUUAUGCUCAGAGUUCUUGCUACGAUAAGGCUCUCGAGUUGUCUAGAGAAAUGCAAAGAGAUGGAACGAAGGUGGAUUCGAUGAUGAUCGGAAGCAUACUGCAAGCUUGUAGCGGAUUGCUAUGUCUUGUCCUACUGAAGCAAGUCCAUGCUUAUGCUAUUAGGCAUCGGUUGCUGGAUCAUGUACUCGAGAACACGUUGGUAGAUGUUUACGGAGAAUGCGGGGAGGUAGAUCAUGCUCACCGUAUUUUUCGAACGAUGCAAGACAAAGAUGUUGUUACUUGGACUAGUAUGAUCACUUGUUAUGUUAACUCUGGCCUCCUAAACGAAGCUUUGCGAUUGUUUGAGGACAUGGUGGCUUCCAAUGUUGAACCUGAUGCGGUAUCGUUGAUCAGUGUCCUUGCUGCAGUAGCAGGUUUAUCCUCCUUCACGAAAGGCAAAGAAAUCCAUGGAUUCACCUACCGAAGAUGGAUUGAAACUACAGGAACAAUUGGGAGUUCAUUGGUUGACAUGUAUGCCCGAUGCGGAGACAUAGAGAAGUCUACUAAAGUGUUCGACAGUGUUAGACGCAAAGACUUGAUCCUAUGGACGAUGAUGAUUAACGCGAGCGGUUUGCAUGGACGGGGCGAAGAAGCUAUAGGUUUCUUUAGGGGGUUGAAUGAGAUAGGCAUAGUGCCUGAUCAUGUUGCCUUCUUGGCCCUUCUUUAUGCUUGUAGCCAUUCAGGGUUGAUCGAUGAGGGGAAGUACUAUCUCGAAAAGAUGAUAAGUGAGUAUAAGUUGGAACCAUGGCCAGAACAUUAUGCUUGUCUUGUUGAUCUUCUCGGUCGAUCCGGUAGGACAGAAGAAGCCUACGAGUUCAUAAGAUUGAUGCCCAUGGAACCCACAGCUGCAGUUUGGUGUGCUCUCCUCGGUGCUUGUCGAGUUCACCAGAAUCACGAGCUAGGCAGAAUCGCAGCAGAGAAGCUCCUCAAAUUGGAGCCCGAGAAUCCUGGCAAUUACGUGCUAAUUUCGAAUGUCUUCGCGGCAAUGGGGAAUUGGAAAGAUGCAAAUCUAGCAAGAGGAAUGAUGAAAGGGAGAGGGUUGAAGAAAGACCCGGCGUGUAGUUGGAUCGAAGUAGGGAGCAAGGUGCACACGUUCGUUGCAAGAGACAUUUCACAUGAGGAUUCAGCCUCAAUCUAUUCAAAGUUGGCAGAGAUAACCGAAAAACUCAAGAAGGAAGGCGGGUAUCGUGAGGACACUAGGUUUGUUUUGCACGAUGUGACGGUAGACGAGAAAGUAAAGAUGCUACAAGGGCAUAGUGAAAGGCUUGCCAUUGCUUUUGGCAUGAUGCAUGUGCCAAAGGGAACCCCGAUUCGGGUGAACAAGAAUCUUCGAGUUUGCGGCGAUUGCCAUGAAUUCACCAAACUUGUAACAAAGGUAUAUGGGCGAGAAAUUAUCGUGAGGGAUGCCAAUCGAUUUCAUCAUUUCAAAGAUGGAUCUUGUUCUUGUAGAAAUUUCUGGUGAGCUAAAACAGUGCAUCUCAACAAGAUCAUUAAUAAAUAAUUAUCGACUUACAUCAUC